AUUUUUCAUUUAUAUAUUCUUGUUGCACAGUAACAAAUGAGUAUAGACAAAGUGAUGCAUAAUACCGUAUCUGAUUCCUAUAUUAUCCACCAAAGACGGCCCGCCCUUCGUGGUAUUAUACAACUGCCGAUAUCGAUACAAACGAUACCCGACGCCGCACUAAAGUAUCCCCGGCUCCGAUGUAGAUCCCGCUUGAUCUCAUCAUUGUCGACGACUCGAAUGAUUUCGCAGCUCGCCGACCUCAAAAACACUCCUGAAAACGCCCCGGGCCCUAACUGUAUGAUUAUCUCUCCCUCACGCUCAAGCAGUUUCGGGGAGUCGUGGCCGAGUGCCGCGCACGCCGUUAUGUCUGAGAGUCAGAGGGCGCAAGAGCUCAGGAAGUUCUAUGCGCCGUUUGAUGAUGGCUCCACGCCUGGCAGUGCCCAGGGUAUCAACCAGUCCAUCCUCGAUGAUGGGGCGCUGGGUGCAUAUGCGGAGCUGAUCUUGUGGCGACUUCGUGGCACUCGGGCUAUGGUCUCGCUCAUAGACAACACCACUGAGUACUUCGUCGCUGGAGUUACCCGCCCUGAGAGCUCCUCGAACGAGAUUACCACCAGCAAUGACUUGUUUGGCUGCUGCACCAUCGAAACUGCUGGAGGUCUCUGCGAGAAUGUCAUAGCAAUGGACGGAACUAAAGGGGAAUAUCCGUGCUUUGAAGUAUCAAGUCUUCAUACGCACCCGCGCUACGAACACCAGCCCGUUGUCAAUGGGGCCAUUGCCGCCUACAAGUACUACGCGGGGACCCCUAUUACCACGGCUCACGGGGUCAAUAUAGGGUCCUUGUUCGUGUUUGGCAACGAGUCACGGCCAAAUGGUCUUACUGUGCGAGAAAGGAAAUGCUUGUUUGAGACGGCGGAAAAUAUAAUGAAGCACCUUCAAAGUAAGAGGGAGGCAGCAGAGAGGCGCCGCGUCGCGUUGAUGAGCACGGGCGUGGCCAAAUUUUUGGAGCGGACGACGUGGCUUGGAGAUGCAGAUACGGACUCGAAUCCGGAAUUUCCGUUGUCAAAUAGCUUUGGGGAGAGUGAAGCUCAGCGCUCAAGCAUGGAAUCGACAAACAUCACCAGUCAGACUUCAACCUCUGGCGAUACUGACAUAGACGGAUGGCCUAAAAAGAAGGGGGCUUCAGAAAUUGUGCUGGAUAAAAUCAAAAAGGCGUUGGAUCAUGCAGCCUAUGUACUCCGAGAGUCUCUCGAAUUGACUGCAGGCGGGGUUGUCUUCCUCGACACGGCUAUCGGGCCCAGCCAACCCAAGGCUAGCACAGACUAUUCUGAUCCUAUCCAGCCUAAGGCUAGCACAGACUAUUCUGAUCCUAUCCAGCCUGACCUCGACAGCGUAACAUCCGGGAUCGGGGGCGUUGAGUUUGAGAAUGAUUUGACCUUCGAGAACGACUUGACGAUGACGGGAAUUGACCCGAAGUCUACGAUACCCUCUGGCCAGGUCCGAGGGUUCUACGACGAGUAUCGGCCAGUUCGAGUCCCAGCGUUGUCCUGCUCCAAACAUGCAUAUCGGAGAUCGAGAGCACUAGAUGGGAAGACACUCCAGGAUUUCAUUGAUAUGUAUCCAAAGGGAAACAUAUGGUAUAUAGACGAGAAGGGAUAUUUUUCCUCCCUCGACCAAGACGACACCAUUGGUAGCCCCCAAAGGGCCACCCCGAUAGAGGGGAAGAGGUCACUUUAUAAUAUAGGCGCCGAUUCUACGAGGCAAGCGGCCGAGGCUGCCAUUUUAUCAAAAGUUUUUCAGGGUGCUCGUCAAAUCAUUUUCUUGCCGUUGUGGGACGCAAGCGGAAGUCGCUGGCAUUCCGGGUGUUUUGUCUGGAGCAAUAAUUCUUUUCCCGUCUUCACUGUCGAUUCUGAGUUGGCGUAUAUAUCUGCUCUGUCAAACUCUGUAAUGGUUGAGAUUAGCCGCUUAGACUCCAUCAUGGCCAACAACGUCAAGUCAGACUUCAUCAGCAGCAUAUCUCACGAGUUCCGCAGCCCUCUUCACGGUAUCCUUGCCAGCGCAGAGUUCUUGCACGACUCCGACCUUGAUCAGACGCAGGAUCAGUUAGUGGCGUCGAUACGCACAUGCGGGUCCGCGCUGCUGGAUACGAUCAAUCAUGUCUUGGACUAUAGUAGGAUCAACUCAUUCCAGAAGAAGGACUCGUCCGGUUCAUUCUCCAAUGAGUUGGAUCUUUCGGCCAAUGUUGCCCUCCUCUGCGAGCGUGUCGUGGAUGGAUUGAUCGCUACUCGCGGCUACACUGGCGUUGGCAAUGAGGAUACCACCGCGGACCCCGAUUCCCCACAUGAUGCACCAUAUGCCCACCUAGUCGAAAUCAUUCUCGACUUCGAGGACAGAGACUGGAUGUUCAAGAUCAUUCCUGGAGCGCUACGCCGCAUAAUCAUGAACACUGUCAGCAACGCCAUGAAAUUUACCAACACGGGAUUCAUCCUCAUCCAGCUUCGCGUCAAACAAACCGACGGACGACAAUCCGACCCGACGUCGAGAAUAGGACAGAAGAUCCUCGCUCUUAACGUUAUUGACUCUGGCCGCGGGAUGUCAAAGCAAUACAUGGAGCGCAAGCUCUACACGCCCUUUGCGCAGGAAGACCCCUUCAUACCGGGAGUCGGUCUGGGCCUGUCCAUCACGCGGAACAUCAUCGCCCAGCUAAGCGGCAAGAUUAACAUCCGGUCCGAGCUCGGCAAAGGCACAGAUGUCGAAGUCUUGCUCCCCCUCGCCCUCGCCGAUACCAAAAUCACCUCAACCGAGAUGAGUUCUACGCACGCGCACCGCAGUGCACCAGACCGUGAAGCUGCCGCGGCAGUCGAAGCUGUGCGUGCCCUCGCCCCAGGCAAAUCAGUCGCCAUCUGGCGCGCGCCCGCCCAUACAGCCCGCACUCGUGACGACUCGCUCGCUUGGAAGACGGUAGCAGGGUACUGCAAGUCCUGGUUCGGGUUCACGCUGCUGGCAAAUCCCGAUGCCACCACCCUCGCCAAGGCAGACUUCGUCAUCAGAGAGUGCUCUCCCUUCGGCCCGGACGACGUCCCCCUCCCACCCUGUACAUCCCGCGUCCUCAACCUUCAAGAGCGCAUCGACCGUCCCUCAACACGACGCACGCACAUGGAUUCACCCCUAUCGGAGGCGCUGUCCCUACCCACCGGCCCAUUCAAGCUCGCCAUCGCCAUUCUCUCUCUCUUUCACGACCCCGCCCGCCGCGCCGCCCUCGAGGACGAAGCCGCAAAUCCACACCCAGUCCGCUUUCUCAGCGAUGAAAUGGUGACGCAGCAUUCCCGCGGCUGGUCCGCCGGGCCACCGACUCCCACUCCCGGAAACCGGCAAGAGGAAGCCCUGGUGCCAGCGCCCACUACGAAGGGCACAUCGACAUGCCACCCACGGACACCAUUGAGCGCCCAGCCGCUCACCCUCGCGUCGCUAUCGCUACCCGUGCCGACGCGCUCCCUCCACAUCCUCGCCGUCGACGACAACGCGCUCAACCUGCUCCUGCUAACGCGCUAUCUCUCCAAGCGACCCAGCGACAUCGUCGUCACUGCACGCAACGGCCUCGAGGCUGUGACGGCCGUGCGUGCCGCCGCCGACCCCUUCGACGUCGUCUUCAUGGACAUCAGCAUGCCGGGCAUGGACGGCUUCGCGGCGACGCACGCGAUCCGCGUAAUGGAGGCGGAGCGUGCGGAGCAUGGGGUGAGUAGGGCGCGUAUCGUAGCGCUAACGGGGUUGGCGAGUAAGAGGGAUAGGGAGGAGGCGGAGAGGUGCGGGUUUGAUGAUUUUUUAACGAAGCCGGUGAGUUUUCGGUUAAUUGGGAGGUUGUUGGAGGGGCUGAGUCGGGGGGGUGGACGGGUGGGGCUGGAGGAGGAGGAGGAUGGGUGAGAGGAGGUACUUGUAUGGUGCCGUCGGUGUGCUUGGGUGAGCGAGUAGAGGAGGAAAAGGAUGGGUGAGGAGAGGAGAGGUACAUUGUGUGGUACCAUCAGGCUACAAGAGCGAGGACGCGCGCACGAUAAUGUUCUUAUUUUGGUCUACGAAUUGGAAUGGGUGACGAAGGAAGGAAAGGUUUUGGGAAUUUGGAAUUUGGAAUUGGAUGAUAAAGGCUGGCAUAUAAUAUCCGAAGCACAUCUUGAGGUAAAGCGAUAUAUAUCUAUCUACACUAGUAUACUACUACAUGGUCUGCAUCUACGCAAAAACAAUUUAGGAAUUUAAUGUCUAGAC